GACGUUGACGUGGUGCAUACAUAACAGGUUAUCUGCAACCACCCUGCCAGACAGAGCGUAGUCACAGCUCUGUGCGGUACAGGCUGAGCUCUGUGACAAUGGGGCGUUUCAUGGAGGUGGCGCUACUCCUGGUGUCCCUUGGAAUCGUUGACGGUUCAGCAACACCGACGACACAAAUCCCGGCCUCAACUGCCGCAGGUGCAACGACACUACCCACACCUGUAUCUACCAACACCCGGACUGGCGGACAAGAAUACCCUGAGGGUGUGAGCUACCUACUGGUAUACAUUCAGCAUCUCUGGCCGGCUAGUUACUCACUUGCAGUGGCAGCUGGGGAAACAGGGGGAUCUUUUCUGGUUGAUUAUCCACAGCUGGGAUAUAACGACACAGGGACUGUAACACCAUACGGGUCCACUUCUGCUUACAUAGAUUCGUCAUUGGGGGUGACGGUGGGUGUGGAAAACAAGGCUUUCAUAAUCCACGUCUUUGGUAAGGACAUGGGCGUUUACGGACACACUGCAAAUUACAUCUUUUCAGCCCUCCCGAUCUCUGCCCUAGGUUCCAGGUAUGUUGUAUCCACCUGCCUGGGAAACCAGACACAGGUGGUGUUAGUGAUAGCUAACCACAACCACAAGACGGACGUGGACAUCACGCUGAUGCUGGACGGGAACGUCACCUAUGACAACAUGACCUACAACAACGGAGACAUGAUUCACAUGACUCUAGAUGAGUAUCAGACCUUCACGAUGAAGAGUGACUAUGACCUGACUGGAACUGUAAUCAACACAACAAACACUGUAGCUGUGUUCAGUGGGACAAUGCAAGACGAUUACUUCACGGCCGUGACGCAACUAUUACCUGUACGACAUCAUGGGAUGGAGUAUGUUAUGUAUACAGGUGACUACUCCAGUAGAAGGAACGCGACAUACCAGCUACAAGUUAUUAGUGACCAGAGCAACACUGAAAUUAUGUUGAACAAUGGAUCUACAUUCUCUCUUGGUGACAACCGUGUAUAUCGCCAAUACCUCGCCUAUAAUGAGAGUCUAUAUCUUAAGGCUACAAGGCCUGUCAUGGCAACCCUGUGUAGAAACAGCACAUUUGCAUAUCGACCUGGGAUUGUUGUUGUAGUUCCAGUUACGUAUUUCGUGAACAGUGCAUUGAUUCCUUAUACAGCCUGUAUAAACAUACUGACUAAACAACACGUAACAGAUAUUGAAGUAUUAACUGGUAAUAUGGUCCCUGCUACACUGGACUGGGUGGACAUCCCCGGCAGUGAUUACAAAGCGGGAAGAAAUUGUUCAUUGCGCAGAUACUAUGUCCGCUCUGCUAGCAGAUUCGCUGUAUAUGGGUUUUUCUACGGCAUUUUUAAUGGAGGCUACCAUUUCCCUUCUGAUCCACCAACUACAGGUGCUGAUGCAGGUUCAGCAACUCCGACGACACAAACCCCGGCCUCAACUGCCGCAGGUACAACGACACUACCCACACCUGUAUCUAACAACACCCAGACUGGCGGACAAGAAUACGCUGAUGGUGUGAGCUACUUACUGGCAUCUUUUCAAUAUCAGCAUUAUACUGAUGCAGUUGCAGUGGCAGCUGGAGAAACAGGGGGAUCCUUUCUUGUUGAUUAUCCACAGCUGGGAUAUAACGUCACAAGGACUGUAACACCAUACGGGCAGACUUAUGCUUACAUAGAUUCGUCAUUGUGGGUGACGGUGGGUGUGGAAAACAAGGCUUACGUAAUCCAUGUCUUUGGUAAGAACAUGGGCGUUCACAGACAAAUUGGAAACUACGUCUUAUCUCCCCUCCCGAUCUCUGCCCUAGGGUCAAGGUAUGUAGUAUCCACCUGUCUGGGAGACAUGGGCCACGUGGUGUUAGUGAUAGCUAACCACAACCACAAGACAGACGUGGACAUCACGCUGAUGCUGGAGGGGAACGUCACCUAUGACAACAUGACCUACAACGACGGAGACACGAUUCACGUUACUCUAGAUGAGUAUCAGACCUUCACGAUGAAGAAUGACUAUGACCUGACUGGAACUGUAAUCAACGCAACACAUACUGUAGCUGUGUUCAGUAGGGCAAUGCAAAGUGAUUUAUUCACGACCGUGACGCAACUAUUACCUGUACGACAUCAUGGGACGGAGUACGUUAUGUAUACAGGUGACAACUCUGGUUAUAGGAACUCGACAUACCAGCUACAAGUUAUUAGUGACCAGAGCAACACUGAAAUUAUGUUGAACAAUGGAUCUACAUUCUCUCUUGGUGACAACCGUGUAUACCGCCAAUACCUCGCCUCUAAGGAGAGUCUAUAUCUUAAUGCCACAAAACCUGUCAUGGCAACCCUGUGUAGAAACAGCCCUGGGGCAUAUUUAUAUGGGUUUGCUGUUGUAGUUCCAGUUACUUUUUUCGUGAAAAGUGCAUUGAUUCCUUAUACAAACAGUAUAAACAUACUGACUAAACAACACGUAACAGAUAUUGAAGUGUUUAUUCAUGAUAUGGUCCCUGUUACACUGGACUGGGUGGACAUCCCCGGCAGUGAAUACAAAGCGGGAAGAAACUGUUCAUACGGCACAUACAUCGUCCGCUCUGCCAGUAGAUUCGCUGCAUAUGGGUUUAACAUUGACAAUGGAGGCUACCGUUUCCCUACUGAUCCACCAACUACAGGUGCUGAUGCAGGUUCAGCAACUCCGACGACACAAACCACGGCCUCAACUGCCGCAGGUGUAACGACACUACCCACACCUGUAUCUACCAACACCCGGACUGGCGGACAAGAAUACGCUGAGGGUUCAGCAACACCGACGACACAAACCCUGGUCUCAACAACCGCAGGUGCAACGACACUACCCACACCUGCAUCUACCAACACCCGGACUGGCGGACAAGAAUACGCUGAGGGUGUGAGCUACCUACUGGCAUCUUUUCAAUAUCAGCAUUAUACUGAUGUAGUUGCAGUGGCAGCUGGAGAAACAGGGGGGUCCUUUCUGGUUGAUUAUCCACAGCUGGGAUAUAACGACACAAGGACUGUAACGCCACACGGGAUCACUUAUGCUAACAUAGAUCCGUCAUUGUUGGUGACGGUGGGUGUGGAAAACAAGGCUUACGUAAUCCAUGUCUUUGGUAAGAACAUGGGCGUUCACACAUACAUGGGAAAUGGCUUCUUUUCUCCCCUCCCGAUCUCUGCCCUAGGGUCAAGGUAUGUAGUAUCAACCUGUCUGGGAGACAUGGGCCACGUGGUGUUAGUGAUAGCUAACCACAACCACAAGACAGACGUGGACAUCACGCUGAUGCUGGAGGGGAACGUCACCUAUGACAACAUGACCUACAACGACGGAGACACGAUUCAUGUGACUCUAGAUGAGUAUCAGACCUUCACAAUGAAGAGUGACUAUGACCUGACUGGAACUGUAAUCAACACAACAAACACUGUAGCUGUGUUCAGUGGGGCAAUGCAAGGCGAUUACUUCACGGCCGUGACGCAACUAUUACCUGUACGACAUCAUGGGACGGAGUAUGUUUUGUAUACAGGUGACGACUCCUAUUAUAGGAACGCGACAUACCAGCUACAAGUUAUUAGUGACCAGAGCGACGCUGAAAUUAUGUUGAACAAUGGAUCUACAUUCUCUCUGGGUGACAACCGUGUAUAUCGCCAAUACCUCGCCUAUAACGAGAGUCUAUAUCUUAACGCGACAAGGCCUGUCAUGGCAACCCUGUGUAGAAACGGCACAGAUGUAUCUCAGCAUGGGUUUGUUGUUGUAGUUCCAGUUACGUAUUUCGUGAACAGUGCAUUGAUUCCUGAUACAGAGUGUAUAAACAUACUGACUAAACAACAUGUAAUGGAUAUUGAAGUGUUUACUGGCGAUAUGGCCCCUGCUACACUGGACUGGGUGGACAUCCCCGGCAGUGAUUACAAAGCGGGAAGAAGUUGUUCAUUCGGCAUAUACAUCAUCCGCUCUGCCAGCAGAUUCGCUGUAUAUGGGUUUUCCUGGGACAUUGUUAAUGGAGGCUACCGUUUCCCUUCUGAUCCACCAACUACAGGUGCUGAUGCAGGUUCAGCAACACCGACGACACAAACCCCGGCCUCAACAACCGCAGGUGCAACGACACUACCCACACCUGUAUCUACCAACACCCGGACUGGCGGACAAGAAUACCCUGAGGGUGUGAGCUACCUACUGGCAUCUUUUCAAUAUCAGCAUUAUACUGAUGUAGUUGCAGUGGCAGCUGGAGAAACAGGGGGGUCCUUUCUGGUUGAUUAUCCACAGCUGGGAUAUAACGACACAAGGACUGUAACGCCACACGGGAUCACUUAUGCUAACAUAGAUCCGUCAUUGUUGGUGACGGUGGGUGUGGAAAACAAGGCUUACGUAAUCCAUGUCUUUGGUAAGAACAUGGGCGUUCACACAUACAUGGGAAAUGGCUUCUUUUCUCCCCUCCCGAUCUCUGCCCUAGGGUCAAGGUAUGUAGUAUCAACCUGUCUGGGAGACAUGGGCCACGUGGUGUUAGUGAUAGCUAACCACAACCACAAGACAGACGUGGACAUCACGCUGAUGCUGGAGGGGAACGUCACCUAUGACAACAUGACCUACAACGACGGAGACACGAUUCAUGUGACUCUAGAUGAGUACCAGACCUUCACGAUGAAGAGUGACUAUGACCUGACUGGAACUGUAAUCAACACAACAAACACUGUAGCUGUGUUCAGUGGGGCAAUGCAAGGCGAUUACUUCACGGCCGCGACGCAACUAUUACCUGUACGACAUCAUGGGACGGAGUAUGUUAUGUAUACAGGUGACCACUCCUAUUUUAGGAACGCGACAUACCAGCUACAAGUUAUUAGUGACCAGAGCGACGCUGAAAUUAUGUUGAACAUUGGAUCUACAUUCUCUCUGGGUGACAACCGUGUAUAUCGCCAAUACCUCGCCUAUAAUGAGAGUCUGUAUCUUACUGCUACAAGGCCUGUCAUGGCAACCCUGUGUAGAAACAGCACAGAUGUAUAUCGUCAUGGGUUUGUUGUUGUAGUUCCAGUUACGUAUUUCGUGAACAGUGCAUUGAUUCCUGAUACAGAGUGUAUAAACAUACUGACUAAACAACAUGUAACGGAUAUUGAAGUAUUUACUGUUGAUAUGGUCCCUGUUGCACUGGACUGGGUGGACAUCCCCGGCAGUGAUUACAAAGCGGGAAGAAAUUCUUCAUACGGCAGAUACAUCGUCCGCUCUGCCAGCAGAUUCGCUGUAUAUGGGUUUUCCCGCGACAUUGUUAAUGGAGGCUACCGUUUCUCUUCUGAUCCACCAACUACAGGUGCUGAUGCAGGUUCAGCAACUCCGACGACACAAACCCCGGCCUCAACUGCCGCAGGUGCAACGACACUACCCACACCUGUAUCUAACAACACCCGGACUGGCGGACAAGAAUACCCUGAGGGUGUAGGCUACCUCCUGGUAUACAUUCAGUAUAACGCGCCGUUUGAUUAUGCAGUUACAGUGGCAGCUGGGGAAACAGGGGGAUCCUUUCUGGUUGAUUAUCCACAGCUUGGAUAUAACGUCACAAGGACUGUAACGCCAUAUGGGUUCACUUUGGUUGACGUAAAUGGAUCAUUGCGGAUGACGGUGGGUGUGGAAAACAAGGCUUUCAUUAUCCACGUCUUUGGUGAGGACAUGGGCGUUCACGGACACUGUGGAUAUGACAUCUUUUCACCCCUCCCGAUCUCUGCCCUAGGUUCCAGGUAUGUAGUAUCCAUCUGUCUGGGAUACAAGGGCCAGGUAGUGUUAGUGAUAGCUAGCCACAACCACAAGACAGACGUGGACAUCACGCUGAUGCUGGAGGGGAACGUCACCUAUGACAACAUGACCUACAACAACGGAGACACGAUUCACGUGACUCUAGAUGAGUAUCAGACCUUCACAAUGAAGAGUGACUAUGACCUGACUGGAACUGUAAUCAACGCAACAAACACUGUAGCUGUGUUCAGUGGGGAAAUGCAAGGCGAUUUAUUCACGGCCGUGACGCAACUAUUACAUGUACGACAUCAUGGGACGGAGUAUGUUAUGUAUACAUGUGACGUAUUCAAUCAUAGGAACUGGACAUACCAGCUGCAAGUUAUUAGUGACCAGAGCAACACUGAAAUUAUGUUGAACAAUGGAUCUACAUUCUCUCUUGAUGACAACCGUGUAUAUCGCCAAUACCUCGCCAAGAAUGAGAGUCUAUAUCUUAAUGCCACAAGGCCUGUCAUGGCAACCCUGUGUAGAAACGACCCACAUUAUUAUGAUCAUGGCAUUGUUGUUGUAGUUCCAGUUACGUAUUUCGUGAACAGUGCAUUCAUUCCUUAUACAAAAUGUAUAAACAUCCUGACUAAACAAUACGUAUCAGAUAUUGAAGUAUUUACUGGUGAUAUGGUCCCUGUUACACUGGACUGGGUGGACAUCCCCGGCAGUGAUUACAAAGCGGGAAGAAAUUGUUCAUUCUUCAGUUAUUUCGUCCGCUCUGCCAGCAGGUUCGCUGUAUAUGGGUUUUCCAUAGACAUUGUUAACGGAGGCUACAAUUUCCCUACUAAUCCAUCAACUACAGGUGCUGAUGCAGGAUCAACAACUCCCAUGACACAAUCCCCGGCCUCAACACCUGCAGGUGUAUCAACACUACCCACACCUGUAUCCAGCAACUCAGGGACAGGCGGACAAGACUAUGCUGAGGGUGUGAGCUACCUACUGGUAUUUUUUCAAGAUCAGUUGUUUCUUGGUUAUGGAGUUACAGUGGCAGCUGGGGAAACAGGGGGAUCCGUCCUCAUUGAUUAUCCACAGCAGGGAUAUAACGACACAAGGACUGUAAAGCCAUACAGGUACACAAAUGUUCGGGUAGACCAUUCAUUGGCUGUAUCGGUAGGUGUGGAAACCAAGGCUUUUGUCGUCUACGUCUUUGGUAAGGACAUGAGUGUUUACGGAGACAUGGGAAACGCAGCAUUUUCUCUCCUCCCGAUAUCUGCCCUAGGUUCCAGGUAUGUAGUUUCCGCCUGUCUGGGAUACCUGACACAGGCGGUGUUAGUGAUAGCUAACCACAAACACAAGACGGACGUGGACAUCACGCUGAUGCUGGAGGGGAACGCCACCUAUGACAACAUGACCUACAACGGCGGAGACACGAUUCAUGUGACUCUAGAUGAGUAUCAGACCUUCACGAUGAAGAGUGACUAUGACCUGACUGGAACUGUAAUCAACGCAACAAACACUGUAGCUGUGUUCUAUGGGGCAAUGCAAAACAGUUUUAUCCAUACCCUGGCGCAACUAUUACCUGUAAGACAUCAUGGGACGGAGUAUGUCCUGCAUGCAGGUGACCACUCCAAUCCAGGCAUGAAAUACCAGCUACAAGUUAUUAGUGACCAGAGCAACACUGCAAUUAUGUUGAACAAUGGAUCUACAAUCUCUCUUGAUGAAAACCGCGUAUAUCGCCAAUACAUCGCCUACAAUGACAGUCUGUAUUUUAAUGCCACAAGACCUGUCAUGGCAACCCUGUGUACAGACGAACGUUUCGCUGUAGUAGCUCCAGUACCUUAUUUCGUAGACAGUGCAUUGUUUCCUUUUCGAGGCUGUAUAAACAUACUGACUAAACAACAUGUAACAGAUAUUGAAGUAUUCAGCAUGUCUAUAUAUCCUGUUAAAAUGAGCCCUGCUACAUUGGACUGGGUGGACAUCUCCGGCAGUGAUUACAAAGCGGGAAUAGUUUGUUCAGGUGAUGGGUACCUUAUCCGCUCUGCCAGCAGAUUCGCUGCAUAUGUGUUUGGAUACGACAUUGUUAAUGAAGGCUACCGUUUCCCUACUGAGCCACCAUCUACAGGUGCUGAUGCAGAAUGUACAGGUGUUGCUGCAAAGGUAAUAUGAUUUAGUACACUUAUAGUAUACCCUACAAAAGCAUAGUUUGUAGAUCUCAUUAAAAUCUUAGUCGUAUAUUGAAUACUGUAUCUGCAAUGCGAUAUCAAGUCAUAUAUCAAUAUUGUGAACAGUUACACAAAGUACUCACUUCAAAUAUUGUACAGUGGAGCCCUUUAAUACCAGACUAUGAAAUAUUCGUGUUAACGAAUCAUUGGUUGGGGUAGGGGUCGACACGUCCAUUUGUCUGCUGGUCCGAGACUAGUGAUAUAUUGUAAGGACUGGUCAUCAUAAACAAACAACUAGUUUGAGAAGAAUUGUGGACUAGUUGGAUUUAGCUCGUGACAUCUACUGUUAUCUACUGUCUACACGUGACAUUGAUCUCAUAUUGUGCUGCCAUCUGCUUGUAGGUUGAACAAGGACAAUGCAAGCUUCUCCAGGUGACUUCAAGAUGGUCACAUCGUAUUGUAUGGUUCAGAGAAACAGACGAAUGAAGGGGUUGUAAAAUAACUCUUGCCAUGAGACAUUUCACAUGCUUAACAUUUCUUCAGGUGUGUACAAAAAGGACAGCGUAUCAGAAAGUGUCCAGAAGAUGAGGUUUUCAGAUUGACGGGGUACCGGACUGGUGGGUGUCUGGUCUGACAGGGGUCUGGUCUGUCGUGUACAUGUCUAAUGUGACAUGGCAGUAAAUUGUUUGUUUAAGCAUUAUGGGCCAUGUUCAGCUGUUACUUCACAUGCACUGUAGAAUGUUCAAUAUAUAAAUUCAGUUAUCUGUUGAUCAAAAUACCCUUCUCUUGUAGGAAUUGCUAUUGUUUAACAUUGUGUGGAUAUUUUAGAUUCCCCAAGACACAUGAGCUUGAAGAUCGAAAUUUGUGAAAUGGCCUAAUCCUCUGGACACUGAUGUACAUUUGCUGUGGACUUGACGAAGUGAAAUCGUAGCUCAAGGAAUGUGAUUCUUUCCCCUUUCUUGCUGAUUGUUGUUUUGAUCAAAGUGUACAAUGAUGAUGCAUUUCUAUGUUACGUUCUUUUGUUUAUUUGCUUGUUUGUUAUUAAACGCCGCACGCAAGUGUGGACCAGACAAUCCAGUGAUUGCCACCAUGAGCAUCCGUCUACAAUACAGGAUACGAUAACAUUCAUCAACCAAGUCAGCGAGCCUGACCACCCGAUCCCGUUAGUCGCCUUUUACGACAAGCAUGACUUGCUGACGACCCAUUCUAACCCGGUUUGGCGUAUGUUUGUUUCCAGAGUCUACAGAGGUAUUAACUGCUGUCGUCAAAUGGACUGAACCAACUACGGUUAUAACGAUGUGAGCUGAUAUAAAUAAUCGGAUUCUCCAAAACACAUGAGCUUGAAGACCGAAAUUUGUGAAAUGACCUUAACCUAUGGACACGGAUGUACACUUGCUAUGGACUUGAAACGGAUUGUAACCGUUUCCCCAUUCAUGUUGAUUGUUUGUUGUUUCACUCAAAGUGUACGAAAAUGAAGCAUGUCUUUGUGUA